AUGCGGGGGAUGUGGCGAGAGCAGCCGAACAUUUUACACCCGCGACACACGGGCUGCAGUUUCUUUUUGCCCGGGGAUGCCACGCGUGGACAGCAGCAGCAGCAGCAGCGGAGUGAUGGACCACCCGCAGCGAGCCCGCACGACGCGCGGGAUCGAUUGGACCCUGCGGCGUGCAGUUUGCCCGAUCCGAAUGUACGGUCGCUGCUCUCGCGCUAUCGGCUUGAGAACGAGAGGCUGCGGGAUCAAUUAAAAGCGCAUGCCGUCCAAGAGGCACUUCUUGAGCAGCGUUUACAGGAACUGAGUGCCAGAAACACCGCCCUACACUUGCACGAUUUUCGCAAAAAGGAGAAUGACGCUGUAGUGGAGAUGCUGAAAAAGCAGCUGGAGGAUCGGGAGUGUGAGGUGCGUGAUCUGCAGCUCCAAGUGAAGGAGCAGGCAGGACGCAUUGCUGCAUUUGAAGAGGCCAUUACACGUCCCUUGCAUGGUACGGACGACCCUCCUCCUCCUCCUUCUGCUGCUGCUGCUGUUGUGUCCGUAUCAUCAUCCCCACCACUAUCGGCGUCAUCACUUCGUACACACGAGCUCUUGUGUCAGGUUUUGAGUAGUGUAGGGUUCUUAACACGUGUAUUUAACGCAGUCAAGCAUUGUCAAACGUUGCCGCAUGAAGGAUUAGGUUGCCCACGUUCACGGAAGGAAUGCACAACACGUUGCUUGCAGGCCGCCAUGCGUGGUAACCAGGAGACGGUAGGGGAUAUGAUGGGCCGAGGACACGGGGUAUCGUGCGAGGCGUUAGCCCUUGCCGUUCGUGAGGAGGUGAUGUUUUGUGAACUCUCGGCAGUGCAAAUAGCGGCACAGCUACUUGCCGCCGAACAUGCACCGGCCGCCGUAUUAGCCGUGGAGGAGGCACAAAAGGAGACACCCCCACUGCCGUUAGAGGAUGAUCAUCCAACGGCAACAACAACAAAAACAGCAGCAGCAGCAGCAGAAGGGGAAAAAGAAGGAGAAGAAGGGGAGGAAAAAAGAGAGUUGUGUGCUGCGAGGAGUAUUUCCACCAAGGAGCAGAACGUGUCAACAGUUUUUACUGCACCCCGCGCGACACGAAAGCCAACAGCACGACCCACAGUGAACGACUGCGAGGUGCAGUAA